AUGCACUAUUAUGGGGAGCGGUACAAAUACGUCUACCUGCCGGAGACGGGCUACAUCACCGAAACCAUCCAACAAUGCACGCCCCAGUCCGAUAUGUGCAGCACCACGUGCCACCCGCUCAGCGUGAUCAAGAGCCCAGUGCCCAGAUGGCAAAACUACACGCAAUCUUUCUCUUAUGUGUGCCCACAGCCAGGUGUGACCCAGAGCUCCCUGCUGCCCUGCCAGCCCUACGUGCAGCAGUGUGUCCUGCUCUACCCCGAGCCGUGCGAGACCACUCGCCUUCUGCCCUGCAGAAAGCCCAGCCUGAAGCUGAGCCCUGUGCAGAAUUUCCAGCCCUGUGAGACCAGUUGCACCGAGAAGAAACGUACGGCCAAGAGCCUCCCACCCUGCGCCCCCAGGUGCCCCGAGCCCGGCAAACUCAAGUUCCCACCGUGUGGGAUCAAGUACUCAUCCUCGUGCAAGAACGAAUGCAGGACACAGAAGAUAUCCAAAUGCUCGACGCAGGGGUACGGCGCGGAGCUCCGGUCCCCACAGGGGAUGACCAGCGGCUAUUCCCUGCCAUUGAGGGGAGUCACUGAGUGUCCCCCGCAGCAGUGCGUAACCCAGUCUUUCCUGCAGGAGUACGUGAGCGGGUUCCCCCAGCAGAAGUGCAUGAAGGGUUACCCGACGCAGGAGUGCAUCACCACUUACUCCUCCCAGCAGUGCAUAACCAAGUGCCCACCCAAGCCGCAGGUCCCCAAGUGUCCCCCCGGGCAGGGGAUAAAGGAGUGCUCCACGCAGCACCACGCAACCAAGUGCUUGCUGCCACAGGAGGGAAUCAAGCACAAGAGCUCUUCGACGCAACACCUGAGCAAGUCCAAGUGCCUCUACCCACGGGCCACCCAGCACUCCUCCCAUCAUCACACCGGGGGAGCGAAACGUUCGGGCCACACCAAGAAGAGCCGCUGUGCUUCCAAAUGGCUCUGCUAAAGGAGAUAAAGAAAGAGUUGUGAGAACAGCAACCUAUGUAGCUGAGGUCUGAGGUUAUUUUUCCCCCAUUCCUAGUCCCCAGAGAAGCUUUAGCCUUAUUUUACCCCUUAUUUUAUCCAUGUAAAACUCGUAGAGUGCUAUCCCUUCCUUUUAUGACCACACUUCAGUUAUUCCUCCAACAGAAAAGAUGUUAGUGAGAAGCAAAGUAAUUCUGAGCAGGUGCUUGGGCUUUCAACAUCAAACCGAUACAACUCUGUCACUACCUUCACACCACAAGAGGUUUUUACUGUAACUGGAUCAAUUAUAUCUGCCGGUUGUACCAGUCAUAUUAAACUUAGGUUGCAGCUGGA